GCUUGGCUUUACUUAUCCUACCCAUUGCUGACAUUCUUGUACCUAUUCAUUACACCACCAGUCAUACAUACAUGCAUACCCACAUCAUGACUUCAUGGGAGUUCGGUGUAUCACUACGUUACUACCUCAUCAUUUUUUUCUUUUCUUUUCUUUGUUUUGGAGUUGGUUUUGUUGCGGUUUUCGGGCUUUGCUUUCGCAGGUUUUUUGGUUUUGGAUUCCUAUUGUUUCUUUUCGGUUUUGGAUUCCUUUUUAUUCCUUAUUUUGUCUUAUCGGCUUUGGAUUCCUUCUGUUUCUGUUUGGUUUUUGGCUUUUGGCUUUUGGAUUCCUUGUUUCUUUCGAUUAUACAUAUUGUUGGGAGGUUUCGUUUUGGAUUGUGGAUUGUGUUGUGUAUUUUCUUUUUGGGUUCGGGGUUUUAGGAUUGGCAGGAUUAGAGUACCCGGAUGAUGAGCAUUCCUAAGUACUUCUUGGACAGAUAAACGUCCGAAUAAACAAUAAACACAGCUUCU